AUGUGUGGCACAUGUCCCUUAUCGCCUGGUCACUCGUGGCCCAACUGUACUGCCAUCGACCCUUUGCCACCGCUGACAUUCGGGCCUGCUCUAGGCUUCAACAUCCUCCCCCACCCGGCCAAGACCAACAACCCGGCAGAUCUCAACUCUGAGCCUGCCGAGCACGGCGGCCUCCAGGGAGCUGGCGCCAAUGCGUACAAUGCCAAGGGUCCGUACGUUCCCAGCAAGGAGAUCGCCGAGGGCCUCGAGCAGCCCAAGUCUCGGGAAGAGCUGCAGGCUGAGGCUGCGAAGCUCAACUCAUGA